ACCCGGAAGUUGCCAUCAUAUAAGAUUGUCGUCUGCGUACAGCUUCAGUACACUUUGUUGCAGCUCAGCUCAGAAACGAAGGAGUGACAGGACUGACGGCACUAUUUUGUUACUCAGAGAUUGAGGUCAGAACAUCAAAAGCAUCUGUAUUACAAACACAAUAUUGUCAUGAAAUUCAUAUUAUGAUCAAGUAGAGAAGAAAGCGCCAAUCACAUCAUUAGUCUGCAGUUGUUAUUCAAAUGGCAAGAUGGAAGAAGAACGGUGGCAGCUAUUGGUGGAGGAACAACAACGGAAUCACCAUGACAGCAAACGGAGAAAAAGAUGCAGGUCAGCCAAUGCUGGGUUGGACCGAGGAUCAGGAAGACGAUUAUUAUCUCAGACCUGGUUUGAGGUUCGCCCUAGCCAAAGAAAAGAAGCAGGAUCGCUGUUUAGCCAUCAUGACGCUUGUAGCUUUCAUUCUACUUGUCAUUAUUGGCACCUGCAUUAUAGUUCUCACAACCAGGCACUAUGUGAAGCCAUGCCCAGUAUGUGAUUCGGUAAAGAGUGCAAUGAAUUCGAGCGUGGAUCCUUGCCAGGACUUCUACGAGUAUACCUGUGGUAACUGGGUAGCCAAUGUGAAAGUACCAGAAGGAUACUCCAAGUGGGGAACGUUUGGAGAAGUCUACAGCCGGAAUAAUGAUUUACUUUUAAAGCUUCUUGCAGAGGAUGGAUAUGAAUACAAUGGAAAUCACAGUGAAGCCCUGAGGAAGGCCAAGGAUUAUUACCAUGCAUGCAUGAAUGAGACAGCCAUUGAGCAAGCAGGUUCAGCACCACUGAAACAGUUGUUGAACCAGCUUGGUGGCUGGAGCAUCCUACCACGGAACACACCUGGAAUCGUCGAUUGGGAUGAAACCUCAUUUGACCUCACCAGAGACUUGACAUCCAUCCAUCUUAAAGAUGGGUCUCCUCUCUUCGAUAUGGGGAUUGCUCCCGAUGAGAAGAAUUCCAGUGUCGGGAUCAUACAGUUCGUCCAGGAUGGGAUAGGCUUCAAUGCAAUUGAGCUCUACUCUGAUAAUGUCACAACACAUGAGGAAGCAUAUGCAGCACUUGGAGCCAAAGUAGUGGUGCUUCUCUCUCUCACUGACGAUGAAAGUGUAGUCUUAGAAAAUAUAACAAGCCAUUCCACUUAUGCACCUGCCUUAGAAAGGAUGAGAAACAUAGUAGAGUUUGAAGCUAAUAUCAGUAAAAUAUACAUGCCUAAAAACCUUGUCAGAGAUCCAUCCAAAACAUACACAAAAGUUACUGUGAAAGAGUUUGCUGAUAUUAUUCCUCAGAUCAAUAUGACCUAUUACAUGAAUGAGAUGUUUGCUACCGCAAUAUCUCGAGAUCGGAAAAUCUUAGUACCUACCUUCUCCUAUUUUGUCAAGUUGAAUGACCUUCUGAAGCAAACUGACAAAAGAACUCUCGCUGACUACCUGACCUGGAAUGCUGUCAAGCCCACUCUCAGAUUCCUGCCCAAGGUCUAUGAAGACAUCAUUCUGAAGUACAGCAGCGUCUUCAGUGGAUCCAACACUACUGUCCCUCUAUGGCAGAAGUGCUUGCAGAGGACGGACAAUACAUUCGCGUUUGUGACAGGAGCCCUCUUUGUCAGAGAGGUUGUCACUCCACAGCUCAAGAAUGAGACCCAGGACCUGAUCCAUUACAUACAAGAUGCCUUCAUAGGAAACCUACCCAAUGUGACUUGGAUGGAUGAUGCGACUAAAGAGGCUGCAGAGGAGAAAGCUUAUGCAAUCAAACCUAAGAUAGGAUUCCCAGAUUGGAUUGAAGACACUGUCCAGUUAGAUGCGUACUUCAAAGAUAUAAACAUAACAGCAACUAGCGUAUUCCAGAAUGCCAUGAAUGUCGGGCAUUAUUCUCUGCUAUACUUGAGAGACCUUCUUGAUAAACCGGUUGACAAGACUGAAUGGCACAUGGGACCAUCAGAGGUGAAUGCUUAUUACUCAGCAACAUUCAAUGAGAUAGUCUUCCCUUCCGGUAUACUCCAAGCUCCAUUCUAUGAUGUAUCACGUCCAAUGUCAAUGAACUUUGGUGGCAUUGGGAUGGUUAUGGGUCAUGAGUUGACCCACGGUUUUGAUAACCACGGUCGUGAGUUUGACAAGGAUGGAAACCUGAGAGACUGGUGGGGUAAUGCCUCGGCGCUAGCCUAUAAGAACAAGACGGACUGUAUGGUAGACCAGUAUUCAAGCUACAAGAUUGGGGAUAAACAUGUGGAUGGUGUGUUUACACUGGGUGAAAACAUCGCAGAUAACGGCGGUCUGAAGCUAGCAUACCAGGCCUACCAGCAGUGGCGCGAGACAUUCAACGACACCAUGGGUCUGCUGAGUGGUCUGGGUAUGUUUCAGGAUCAGCUCUUCUUUGUGGGCUUCAGCCAGGUCUGGUGUUCCUACGCUACUCCUCAGAGUGCGGAGAUGUCCAUCCUGACUGAUACUCAUACAGCUGAGAAGUUCAGGGUUAAUGGUGCUGUUUCAAACAUGCCAGUAUUUUCAGAUGUCUUCAACUGUCCAUCAGGGACCCCUAUGAACCCGAAAAGGAAAUGUGAAGUUUGGUGAACGACAACAAGCUGAAGUAUCGCCUAUAUCAAAGAGAGUCUAAGAGAGCUUUAGAAAAUAAAUGUGCAUGCAAAGUAUAGUGUCCUUUUGCUUUGGAAAAAGGGUAUAUUCUACCAAUUUGUGUAUUAGACUUCCAUUUUAUGGUUAUAUUUACAUUUUUACACUAUGUCAGUGUGUUAACACAUUGACUUCUGGAAUCGGGUGGUUCCUGUAUUAAGCCUAUGGGAAUUAAACAAUUCAGGAGUCAACGGGUUAAAAUCAUAUACAUUGAAAUAAUUAUAUCAUCUGUUGAAAGCUAGAAGGGCACUAUCUCAUACUUUUUUUUAACAUAGAUUUAAUGCCCUUUUAGCUCUCAAUGGUCGGUUUACAAUGUCAUAUUUUAAGAAGUGGAGAUGAUUGACUAUGAAUUUCUACUUAGUAUUAUUAUGAAUCAAAUUAACAGCUUUAUUUUCAAGAAUUCAAACCACCCUAUUGACCAUUGCCUUAUGAAAAAUAUAUUGCCAUGAUCAUGUUUACGAUGCCACCAAGUUUAUAAAAUUGUUUCACAACGCAAGUUUGUAAAAUAUGUUAUCGAUCACAGUGCCUUUUUCCAUUGUUCAUCUUAUUACAUCGAAUUCCAUCAUUCCAAAUCAUGAAACUUCUGAAUAUCUAGAAGAAGAACAAAUUUGUCUUUGUCUAAGAAUAUUGUAGUUGUAAUGUAAUUCAUAUUUAAUACCUCUAUUACAUAUGAUGAAGCAGAAGUGCCAAACAGGAACUUGCUUUAUGAGUUUAAGAGUAUUAUGAAUGAAUUACGGUAUGUAUGUAAUGUACAAAGAAAUAAACAAAAAGUGGGUUUGCACAACAGUUUUUGUGUAAUUCUAGCUUUGCAUUCAGUUGUAAAAUCUCAUGUACAUUUUGGGUUGAAGUAAUGAUUUCUUUUCCAGAUUUUCACCUUACAUUACACUGAUGAAGCAGUACUAUAUCAAAGAGUGUUUUUUUUAUAUUCUAUAUUGAAUAAUAUAACAAAAUGAUAUCUAUGGACAGAAAUAGUGUGCCUUUAAUAUUUCUGUUGUUAACAUUGUUGCAUGAUUUACAACGAAGUGAAUUUUGUUUUGAAAUUAUCUGUAUGAUGGGGAAAUAGUUUACAUCUCAAGAUUAGUAUAAUUAUAUGCUCUGUAAUGGGUCACCCUGCCUAUAAAUAAUGUUUGAACCUCAAUUUUUCAUCAUAUUGAAUUGCGUAAUGCAGGCGAGACCGCUGAGAGAAUUUCCCUUGUUUUUGUAUGUGUGUUUGCUGUAUCCGGUCUUUUAAUUAAUCAGCUCAAAGAAUUUUCAACGAUUAUCAAAAGUUUUAGAAAGAAAGUUGAGCAUGUUUAGAUAUUCUUUCAUGCUGUUUUAUAUUUUUGUGUUUUGUAUUCUCUCUUCUGAUCAGGAUGAUGAGUAAAUUGCCAUCCUUUUGUUGGUCUUCAAACUUAAUUCAGAAAUGUAGAUAUUUCUUUUAUAUUAUUACCUGACUUUAUCUUUCUUGGAAUUAUUUUCUUGAAGGAAAUAACAAUUUAGUAUUGCUAAAAGAUUUUUUGUUGGCUUUCAGAAGAGACAAGACAUUAUAAGAUAAAAUCAGUCACAGCCCUAUAUUCAAAGCCUUAUUUGUUUUUACUCUUAGCUAGUAAAAGUAUAUAUAUAUAGGAAUAUGUCACUUAGGCAAAUGGUUUAAAAUAUCAGGUUGAUUUGUUAAUGUAUUUUGCAUUUGUAUAUUUUUAACGUUUGUCUACCGGUAAAACAUAUUGGGUGUCAAAAACAUCAGGUCAACUUAUAUCAGCGUCUUCUCAGAAUUAGACAAUUUAGAGUACGUUAUGCAUUAGAAAAAAAUGCAAAAACUUGCAAACCAUUUUCUUGCCUGCAAAGAUGUCUCCUGUGUUUUGUACUAAAAAAA